AUGGGUUUUGUGUUUGCCCUGUUGUUGAACCAGGACAACUUGAUGCUCUCUGACCUGGAUAGAGGCACAGCAAGAAACAGCCAUCUUACUAAGGUCAUGGUGUCACUUUGCAUCACAUUCAGGUGUCGUGCCACAGUCUCUGCUUCUGCAUUGGAGAACAGUCUCUUGGAACAAAAUGGGGUUAAACAAAGAAGUUUAUUCUCCACCCUCACCGUCAUUUCCAUGGCAACGAAGGCACCAGACAACAAAUCUGGGAAACAGGGACGAGGCAAGAGCAAAAGUCUUUGCCACACUGCCCCCAAGUCUGCGAGAGCGCCCCCUGCUGACGAUGUGCGGAGGGACUCGGAGAGCGCUGAGGAUUUUUUGGAGAGGAUAGUGCGCACCCUGAAGGUCGACGUGCAGGGCCUGUCCCCACUGCAUGUGGCUUGUCUGCGGGGUCAGCUGGGCAGCCUCCAGCACAUGUUGGAAUCAGGGGAGUGGUGGAUCAACAGCAGCGAUGACUCCCAGGGACGCAGACCUCUUCACAUGUUUCUCUGCAUUCGCUGCACACCACAAACUCAGGCCUGUUUCCGCUACCUCCUGCAACAAGGGGCUGAUGUCAAUCUCACCACAGCGUCAGGUCAGACCCCCCUGCACAUGGCUGUAGCUGAAGGACAAAUGGAAUACACUCGGAUGCUGGUGGAAGCCGGAGCAGAUCUGUUCGCCCGAGACCACUCCGGACUGCUCCCUCUGGACAUGGCCCGGAUGUGGAACCGCAGAAAGAUCGGCAGGUAUCUCAAGGACUGCAUGUGGCAUGAACAAAACAAUAAGGAACUGGAGGCGAGGGUGCAAACUCAAACGAUAUACUGUGAUCUGAUGGACUGUGAUAAACGUGACAAGAUCAGCAAAAAGCCAAAGAUUGAUAAAACUGUUACUGAGUGGGCCAACAAGAAAGGGUUAACACUUAGGAAAGAGUUUUGCCCUAAAGUCUUGGUCAGUCAGUUUCAUAAAAAAUGCCUUAUAUCGGAUAAUAACAAAGAGCAUAGUCGUAAAGAAAAGAAAACUGAGCGUGAAUCUAGCCUACAAUCUGAAGAAGGAGCCCAAGAGGAUAAAAGCACCUCUCCCUCUUCAUCUGUGGGCCAAGAAGAAGAAAUAAACCAUGCUUUUAAAUUACCAAAGUUAAAGCCAUGGGCGAUAUAUACUGGCCCAGAACCAGAUAGCCCAAUGGUAGAACCAGCUCUAAGAGGCAAGGUUAAUGUAUGGAGAGAUGCAAGCUCAACUAAACCACACUAUAAAUCUAAGUGGGACCGAAGGCCACACGAAGCCCCAAGCCUGCCUGUAGACACCAUUCAGAGGGUGUUUUUUCCCCGAGAUUUCCCUCACAGGAUCCAAAAGCUGGGUGACUUCCAGACCAAAGACAUAGAGGGAGUCCCGCACAGAGCAUGCCCCCAGGGACGGACCACCUCGGCCUGGACAGAUGUAGCCAUGCACCUGCAAGAAAACCUGGAGCCUGGACACUACUGAGAGGUUAAGGAGGUGGAGGUCAAAUUAAUUAUUAAAAGUAAAAGAAGUGGUUAAUGUUUAGUAUUUUAGCUACUAUAUCAAUCUAUUUUGACCAGAGAUUAUUAUAACUUUGUAUAGAUUUGUUAGUAUAAGCAAAAGUAUAUUUUUGAUUAAAUAGAGUAACCAAAUUGUCAAAACCAAACCUUGAA